UAAGUUUUAUCUUUUCUUGUAAUCAGGGAAUGGCUUCAGAUGUAAUCAAAGGAAUUAUGAAGCAAGAUAAGAGAAGACCUCAUCGCAAAACGAUCUCAAUCCUCGGUGUUCCUCACGACGCUGUUCGAGUUUUCAUUCGAUUCUUAUACUCUUCUUGUUAUGAGAAACAAGAUAUGGAAGAUUUCUCAAUGCAUCUUCUUGUGUUGUCACAUGUCUACGUGGUACCACAUCUGAAACGAGUGUGCGAGUCAGAAUUCGAGAACAGUUUGCUCAACAAAGAGAAUGUGAUUGAUGUGUUUCAGCUCGCUCUUCUCUGUGAUGCUCCUCGUCUUGGUCUUCUAUGUCACAGAAUGAUUCUCAAGAACUUUGAAGAAGUUUCUACUUCUCAAGGAUGGCUGGCAAUGAAAGAGAGCCAUCCUAGACUCCAGAAAGAGCUCUUACGCUCUGUCGCUUACGAGCUUAAUUGCUUGAAGCAAAGAAACAGGAAACAGAAAGAGAUACAGACUUACACACAGUUGUAUGAUGCAAUGGAGGCUUUUGUUCAUAUAUGUAGAGAUGGAUGCAGAGAAAUUGGUCCAACAAAGAUCGAAACCCCGCAUGUCUCUUGCGGAUUUCAAGCGUGCAACGGUUUAGAGCAGCUACUGAAACAUUUGGCGGUAUGCAAACUAAGAUCAAUCCCUGGUGGUUGCAGCCGCUGCAAGAGAAUGUGGCAGCUUCUUGAGCUUCAUUCCCGUAUUUGCGUAGACUCGGAACAGUGUAAAGUCCCUCUUUGCAAUAAUUUCAAGGAGAGGAUGAAGACACAGAGCAGGAAAGAUGAGAAAAGAUGGAAACUUUUAGUGAAGAAUGUUUUGAGCACUAAGAAAAUUGGAGGAUCUCCAUUCUUUUUGCAGGCAAUUGAUGUUACUUUAUGACAUUGUUUUAUCGCUUUUAGAUUACAGAAAUUGCAUAUUUAUACACAGGAUGUACAUAGGUUACACA